AUGCUAUUUGCGGGGCUUCUUGGCUUAGCGUCUCAUCAGAAGAAAAAACUCCGUCAGCUGAAGAAGGAAAUCGAAAGCAAAUCAGCUGUUCAUCGAAAUUCAAACAAACAAUCGUUUAAGCCAAUUGAAGCCUGGGAGGAAGGCCAAAUAUCCCACCACUAUCAGAAUCCUACUGAUAGUAAGGAAAAUAAGCCGCCAAAGAGUGACUCAUCAUCGCUGACAAUGUCGCCCUACAACGAUUCAUUGGAGGACAAUGUGCAUCAAAGUACUAAACUCUAA